CAGCGGCGGACACACAGCAGCCGAGGGACCAAGCCCGUUAGAAUUGAUUCACGAUCUGCCAUGCCGCCCAGGCUUCCUGUCUAUCUCCUCAUUGCUUUGCCACUUCUCCUGGUGCAGGCGAGCACCACCAGUUCACCUGGGAAGAGCUCUGCUCCCCCAGCCAGUCCUCCACCCCGCCCGCCUCCUCCCCUGGGCGACCCCAGCUGGGCUCUGGGUCUGCGCCUGUACCAGGCACUCCGCUCCGACCCCAGCUCAGUAAACCCCCUGUUCUCACCUCUGCUUUUGGCCUCCUCACUUGGAGCACUGGGUGGAGGAGCUGCUGGCUCCACUGCCAAGCAGCUCACAGACCUCCUCAAGACUCCCACCCCCUCCAAGGACGGAGCCCAGGCAGGGGAGCUUCUGUCCGGGGCGUUGAAGAGCUUCGCCAAAGCCAACGCCACCGCCUUUCACCUGCACACGUCCUCGGCUGUGUUUUCCAAGCAAGCCCCUGCGAUCAGUCAGGCCUUUCUGAAGGACAGCCAGGCCAAGUUCGGGCUGCAGCACCAGCCACUGGGGAAAGGAGACUCCAAGGCUGACCUGAAGCAGCUCCAUGACUGGGCUAGAGAUGGGCUGGGGGGGCUGGAGGCAGCUCCUAUGGAGGCUGAAAUCAAGGCCAAGGCCGGAGCCUUGAUACUGGCUAAUGCCCUGCACUUUAAAGGGCUGUGGGAGAGAGAGUUCAGCGAGGGGAGCACGGAUCGUCGAACCUUCCUGGGGAAGAAAUACACCAAAGUGGUGAUGAUGCACAGAGCAGGUUUGUUCCGUCACCAUGAAGACAUAGGAAACAUGGUGCAGGUCCUGGAGGCGCCGCUGCGGGGGGGCAAGGCCAGCAUGGUGCUCCUGCUGCCCUUCCACGUCGAGGAUCUGGCUCGGCUGGACAAGCUGCUGACCCUGGAGCUGCUGUCCACGUGGCUGGAGAAAACCAAAGACACCAGUGUGACCAUCUCUCUGCCUAUGGCGAACAUUUCCAGCACGUUCAGUCUGCAUAAACAGUUGCUCACUCUGGGUUUGACCGACCCCUGGGACCAGAAGGUGGCCGAUUUCUCCGGCGUGUCCGUGAAGAGCAAAGGGAAGCUCCAUCUGGGUGGCGUCCUCCACUGGGCGUCCCUGGAGCUGGCUGCUCAGGCCGGGACAGGGGAAGCGGAUCUACAGGAGGAGAACGUAGAAAAGCCCAAGAUGUUCUACGCCGAUCAUCCCUUCAUCCUCUUCGUUCGGGACAACGCUACCGGAGCCCUGCUGCUGAUGGGAGCUCUGGAGCACGCAGAGGGAGAGGCCCUCCAUGAUGAAUUGUAGCAGCACCUACCAUCUAUCCCUUUCAUUUUUUUUUUAAAAUCUCCUUCACAAACUUUCUUCGUCAAGACAUUGCCAUUCACUAUGGCAGAGUAUCACAUCAAACUACGUCUGGCUGUCAUGCACUGACACUGCAUAGUCUGGAACUUACUGACUGACACUGACACUGACAUUGCCAUACCUGACGCCUACUGACACUGACACUGACACAGACACACACACACACACACACACAGAGUGACACCUACAUGGCAUACAUAAAUGAAAAAUCUGUAGAAGACAAUACGAAAGUUGACAGUUACAGCAAAAACACUAACUUUGAGAGACUGGUAGCUUUUUC